UCGCUCUUUCUUUCUCUCUCUCUCUCUCUCUCUCUCUCUCUCUCUCUUUCUCUCUCUCUCCACCAACAUCCUGCGAGUCUCCAUCCACCGAACGACACGAGAGGGAGUUCGAGUUCCUGGCUCGUCCCUCACGGCUGCAGUGCGUUUCCAAACACCCAUGAGACAACCUCGAACUACUCGUACGCACGCACGCACGCAUGCACACGGUAUUGAAGAGACACGAGGAUGAAACGAUCGAGACGUUCCCAAGGCUUCUUAUAAUUAGUGCUAAAAAGUCGACGAGUUGGCCGCUGGACAGCCAACGACACGCGACUGUGUCAUUGAUAUCAAUACAAAUUUGUUUUUUCUGCCCCUAUUUUCCGUCUGUUGGAUUAAUUGACUGUCGUAUUAAUCCCUCUGUCAGUAUCUGCGAGAUAUCCAAAUGAUGAUGAAAAGCUUCCACUCAUAAACUCGAGUGAAUUGUGUUGACUGUUGAAGGACUGAGAAGUUAUAUGUGUGCGUCGGGAAGACCCCAUGAGACCAAUUGUGCUCUCAGUCGAAGUACGCGAAUUGAAUCUCAUCCCGAUAAUGUUAUUUUGUAACGUAUCCGAUUCGCAGCUUCAUCUUUGGUGCUGAAGUGUUUGAAACACGGAUAAAGAAACGAUCUUUUAGAGUUUUAGAAAUGCAAUGUUGAGAAUAUAGUGUAGCAUCGUGACUCGAUUGAAGAUUUUUACGUGAGUCAUACCGACUUAUAUUUGCUCCGGAUACAGAGAGAGGAAGUUUACAUACACGGAAAUAACAAUUUUCGUAAAAGAUAAGACGUACUCCGUCAGAGGCGAAAUGUCUCUGGUAAAGGGAAAUCUCCGAUACUGUCAGAGCCGAAGAAAAAGGUAGCACUGUUAGAUUGUUAAACGGAGAUCAAAUCAAAAACAGAGCUAAAAGUAUCAACUUGAAAAAAAUUAAGAAUUAUCGAUUAGUUCAAGUUGCACGUUGCGAGAUAGAGAAGCUUUCAUCUCUUACAAAUCGGAUGAAAACAAGUUCGCGAAGACAAAUUGGAGAAGAAUUCUUUUCUCGUUUACCACGUCAAAAAUCAAAUUCAGGAAUAGUUAAAGUGAAGGGAUUCGAAGGGAUGUUCGAUAGAUAUCAUGAAUUACUACUGAAAAUCUGAGUAUUGCGGAGCAACGAAUGGCAUCUCGUUUCGAGACCAAGAAGCGACAUUGAUGAAAUAAACAUUUUCAUAUUAAUUCUUAUUGUCAAGGCUAUUUUACAACAGCCGUACGUAGAUCGUUGAAAAUCGUGAGUGAACUUAUGAAUGGAUCUACUUAAUCUAAUGACCUAGUGUCGUAUGAAGGAGGGUUAGAACGAGAGACAAGGAAACGGAACGUGUUGUUACAGCUCUGUUGUGGACCAGUGAAUGCAGGAAAUACGAGGAAUGGAGUCGCGACUCAUGCAAGCAAUAAAUUAGAGACCAACUAAGUAUGACCACGGCACUGAAAACGUAACAGAAGUAACGUUACGGCUACAACAGCAGGAAACCGAAGGUGUCAGUUACGCCGAAAUUAGCUAAAUUUAAGCUAAACUAGAUUCUAAAAGAUUUGGUCCAAUAGAGGAAAAAAAGGUGGUUAAUAAUUAUCAAAAAUUAGGAAAUUUUAAACGCACUUUGUUAGUCGCGCUAAGGAAAAUUAAUUAUAAACGUGAGUGUCGUGAAUUCCAAAAUUACGCGUGCAAAGUAGUAAUAUCAAAAUUUUCACCAACUUGAGUAAAAGAAACCUCUGAGCAAAGAAAAAAAAAAAAAGAUUCUUUUGAUUAAACUAUCGUGAUUCACGUCUUAAAAUACGCAUCGAUUACAGUGGGAACAAGCUCUACCAACAAAGUUGGUUCCGCAAAUCAAGUUUGUUUGAUCCGAAAAAAUAAUCUUCAGCGAGAGACAACGGCUUCCAGAACGAGCCGAGAGGACGAAGAAGAACACGUGUGGACGUAUUUACGUAUUCGACAACGAUGGCAUUAUCCUGAAACGGGCAUGACGCCCUUGGCCUCGAGAUGCGACGAGACUACCACCCUCCUACUGUUGCUGCUACUCGAGCUGGCACCCGGGGCACGUUGCUAUUCGCGCGCGGCCGCAACCUCCGCUUCGUCUUUACCGAGAUAGCAUUUACAGUCCCCGGCGAGGGUGCGAGUGAUGCCGCUUCUCGGCAGCAUUAUGACCAUCGCCGUCGAUAAUCCGACAACGGCGUCCACGAGCGUCUUUGAGGGGAACAUGACGUGGUCUCGACCAAUCACUGGUGGCUCUACGUUUCCGAGUAACGAGGCCCUUUCAACACGUGCGGUUCCGAACGGUAAGCAACGUCGGCGUCCAGCCGCGACAGCUACCAGUGGUCGUGUUAGUCGCCUCCUUAGCGGUAAAGGUGCUGAGAAAGGCUCAAGCAAGAACGCUGCUAAAAACAACGAAAAACACAUUGAGAGAGACGAUAAAGACGAACGUAACAGCACGACGACGGGAAAAGAGGGCGUCGAGGCAAUAAAAAAGGAAGCUUCCCACCAUUGCGAUCAGACUUCAGUAACUCAAAUUUGCGGCAGAAACACCGUAGGCGCGGCAAAGAGUGGGGAAACUGUAUUUACUGGUGAAGAAAAGGGGACAGGGCUAAGUACUGGGGGUAGCGGCAGUGAACAAAGUGUUGAUAGCAUAAGCAGUACUAUCGAUAGUGUAAGUGUGAGUACAGGUGUAUUAAACAGCACGGAGGAGGAAGUCGCGAUCGAAUACGGGAAGGAUUUGUUGCUCUUCGGUUUUAGCGACACAAUGGAAGACACAAUUAAUUCGUUUAACGAUUCGUUUAACGGAAGCUUCCGUCAUCCCUGGAAUAUUAGUUUGUAUAAUAACGAGACUUUAAUUAUUUUGGGGGGUAUGUACCCAUCAGGAUAUACUCUCCCACAUAUUAUAUUGGCGUCUAUCCUUGCGACGCUACUAAUGAUCGUAAUCGUUGUGGGAAAUAUGUUGGUAAUAAUUGCCAUAGCUACGGAAAAAGCACUCAAGAACAUACAGAAUUGGUUCAUAGCCAGCCUUGCAGUAGCGGACUUUUUUCUUGGUCUCGUGAUCAUGCCAUUCUCGCUCGCUAAUGAGAUCAUGGGUUACUGGAUCUUUGGGUAUUGGUGGUGUGAUAUUCACUCUGCCAUGGACGUGUUGUUGUGUACGGCCAGUAUCAUGAAUCUGUGCCUAAUCAGCUUAGAUAGGUUUUGGAGCAUUACACAAGCAGUCGACUACCUGAAGAAAAGAACACCAGCUAGAGCCGCGCUUAUGAUUGCCCUCGUCUGGAUACUAUCGGCGCUUGUUUGUAUACCACCGUUACUCGGAUGGAAAAGACCCACUCCGGAGGAAGAAUAUCCUAAAUGCGAGCUAUCGGAGGACAUCGGGUAUGUCCUUUACUCUGCUCUGGGCAGCUUUUACAUCCCAUCCUGCAUCAUGGUCUUUGUGUACAUACGUAUAUACUUCGCUGCCAAGGCUCGCGCGCGUCGCGGCAUCCGGAAGCAGCCCCGUCCACGUGUGGUACCGCCGGAAUCGCCUGACAUCAGGCAGACCAGUUUCACUCAGAGCACACCGGCAACCGACACUAAGAAGCCUCCAGGAUCAGUUAUGGAAAAUGUUGCCACGAUCGAGAACCAGCCGGUCCAGAUACCGAUUGUCACAUGUGACUUCGCUAGUGACGUCAGCACGUCGGAAGCUGAUCCUGGCGGAGGCACUAGUAUACCAAUGGAAGAGAAGGAUACGCUGAAGGUGAGUAUACCGGUACCGGCGCAGAAGAGCAACCUGAAAGCGACCCUGUCGGUGAACGGGGACGGGCAGACAGGAAGUCAAAAUGUGCCGGCAUCAGCAUCGGCAUCGGCAUCGGCAUCGGCAUCGGCAUCGGCGACGGCGGCGGCGGCGGCAGCGGCGGCGGCGGUGGCAGCGCGAUGCCGAGCGCCCAGCGUUGGUAUCGACGUCGACAUGGUGUCCGAGUUUGACCCCUCGUCGUCGGAUAGUGGCGUGGUGUCGAGAUGCGCGGUGGUAAAACCACUCAAGCUGCGACUGUGCCAGCCGAUCUUCGGCCGCAAGCACGUAGGUAAGUCGAAGAGGGAACACGCUGAUGUGGGGCGUCACGCGGGCAAGGACGAGCCCGACGGGAAGAUGAAGCAACGCGAUCCGGAGAGAGAGAAGAGGAGACUGGCAAGGAAGAAGGAAAAGCGCGCCACGAUGAUACUGGGUUUCAUAAUGGGCAGCUUUAUCGCUUGUUGGUUGCCCUUCUUUGUUCUUUACAUCGUCAAGCCACUAUUUCCUGAUUUCGAAAUACCUUGCUCGGCUACACCAACUCGGCGUUGAAUCCCUUCAUUUAUACAGUCUUCAAUAAGGAUUUCCGCCGUGCUUUCCGCCGAAUAUUGUUUAAGUGAGCGAUACAAUAUGUCAGCGUCGACCAAGAGAGACGCUAACGAUAAUUAUACUUUCCGUCCUCGGGUAUGAGAGAAUACUCCGAUAGUACUCCGAGGAUGUUUUCUCGAUCGCAUCGCGCAACAUCCGAUCUGUUUCCUCGAGCUAUCCUCGAGAGAAACUUUAAUCAUAAGAAGAAGGUGAAAUUUUACAAUGCCGCGGAAACAUUUGCGAAAGAUGGAAUCGGAAAUGUGAGAAGUUUACGACAAGACGAGAAGUUUGCGUUUCGGAUCGAAAAAAGUUUUCCCGCUGAUUUUUUCGGAAUACAAAGCGAGCACUGAAAAGAACUGCAGAAUCGCACGUGUGAAGAAUAAGAAUCGAGAAGAGACAGCACACGUCUCUGAAUUCGUAUGUUCCUUCAGAAUUGUUGUUAUCUUCCAAAAAAUUGACUUCUUUUGCGACCGUCAAAUCAACUUUACCUCUUUACAAAAAACGCGAGAUCUAUAACUGAUUAGAAAAGAACUUUUUUUUCAUAAAAUCGUCGAAAUUCAAGAAAAUAUUACUUUCUGCGUUAUCAAAUGGUAAAACUAGAGUAUGAAAAAUCUUAUUGAGAUACAAUGUGUUUUCAAUACAUUUCAAUCACUAGAAAGAUCCAUUAAACAAGUCCCCCUUAACGAGCAGAGAAUCGAAUUCCACUACUUUUACACAACUCACACGAACUUUGUACAUGCUGCAUGCGACAGAUCAACGAAAAAUCCACUAUUCGCUUGGCUGGCCAAGGGAAUAUAAUCCGCCACGCGCACGGAUUACUUACUUACUCGAACUUGUGACGUACCUUAUAAAGCGAAUCGCUUCGAAGACCAAGAGGCAGCAUAUCGCUCCUUCCUCCAUCCCCCGCGCAUUUUUUUUACCAAUUCUAACGAUUCUUCUUCCACAAAAAGAAUAUAGAGGAUAAGAAGCGAAACCCGCAAGCGGGAGAAACGUGCUAUGGAUGGAGGAUAUUAUUUCCGUGCCUAAUCUCAUGUCACAUUUAUGAAAGGCAUGACAAUUCAAAUUUGCGUAUAUGCAACGCAGCAUGCACAUGUUUGUGUAGAUACACCCUCAGUUUCAUCGUGGAAAAAUAAUUGAACGAGUUGCAAACUUCAUAGCACGCUAUCUGAGGCCAGUAGCUUAUCGCUGCGAGUAAAGGACGCACAAUCGCACAGAACGUAUAAAUUGAAGAGUGUUCAAUCGUAUGCAUAUUUAUACGUGUUGCAUGGAUGAUUGCGAUAAAAGAUACGCGAUCGAAGGAGGAAG